AGUUUUCAUAUCAAGGUCUAAUAGGAGAAGUUUUCCAUUUAUUAAAAAUGUUCAAGUUUCUCAUUUUUGCUGCAUUUAUCACCGUCACUAUUGCCGGAGUCGUCCAUGACUAUAAACAUGGCGGUGAAGGAGAAACAUCUGAGACUGAACAUCAUUCACAUGUAGAACAUAAACAUGCUCAAUCACAUCAGUCAGUCAAAUUCAUCCAUUAUCAUGCCGUACCUGUUUAUGUUAAGAAAGAAGAUCAAAAGUACAUUCAUCACCCAGUUGAAAUCGGUUCCAAUAACCAUAAAUUGAAGCUUGUUCAUCCCGAGACUGAACAUGCCAAGGGUUAUGGACUGACACUUGAAAAUCAUAGUGAAUAUAAAAAUCAUAAGAUUGAAUAUCACCCACAUCAUCAUGAUUCAGGUUCAGCUGGAACUGAGAGUCAUGAAAUCCACGAAUCUCCUGAAUAUGACUUCUCUGCCUACGAAGCUGCACAUCAUUAAAUGAGUGAUGAACUACUGAGCCAAAAUGUGAUACAUUUCGUCAAUUAUGACUUAUUUUACUGCAUAGAGACAACGUUUCUGUUACCUUUUGUUAUUAGAUGUUUUAAUUAAUGACAUUUUUAUAUCUUGUGU